AUGCGAGGCAACAUCCGCCUCGCAUUGAUAUGCGUCUCCUCUCUCCUCCUCUUCUCCCUCUAUCUCCUCGAAGCCCACCUUCAAGACCUCUGCAACCAGUACCGCGCCGGCGCAUACAUGGUCGCAUGGCUAGACCGCAAUGGCGCCGCAACACCAACCUACACCACCCCAGGCGACAAAGUAAUAGUCAUGGCUAAACUGGAAGAAGAACAUACAGAAUGGGUCGCCCAAGAACUUCCAGAGUAUGCAACCCCCCCCCAAAAACCCUACUUCACCACCCCAACCCUAAACACAAUUCUAACCCAAACCAGCUGGCAACGCGCAAUCUACACCGUCAAUCCAUCCCACGAAUCUCGCAUAAACCCAAACACCCUCACAACCCCCUUCAACAAAGGCCACGAAUCAAUGGCCUACUUCACCUAUAUAAUCGACAAUUACGACUCCCUCCCUUCAACAAUCGCUUUCCUCCACGCCCACCGCGCAGGCUUCCUAAUGGCCUGGCACGUCGACGCCCCGCUCCACGAUAACGUCCUCGCAAUGCGCAGUCUGCAACUCGACUUCGUCCAACAAAACGGAUACGUCAAUCUGCGCUGCAAUUGGAAUCCAGGGUGUAAGGGGAAACAUCGCUUUAAUAAACAUGUCACGGAGCAGAUCUGGUGGGAUGUUUUCGAUGGUACUAGUACCCCGCCGCUGAACAUGUCUUCGCCGACUGAGGUCGAGUACCCCGGUGUGCGGUAUGCGAAACCUGCGGAGAUUGGCGCGGCUUGUUGUGCGCAAUUCGCUGUGUCGAGGGAUCAGAUUCGGUUGAGGCCGAGGGAGGAUUAUGUUAAGUUCAGACAGUGGGUUAUGGAUACGGAGUUGAGUGAUGCAUCCUCUGGGAGGGUUAUGGAGUUUAUGUGGCAUAUUAUUUUUGGGAUGCAGGGUGUUUAG